AUGGCUGACGUCGACAACACCCGAGUCAUUCGCAAUGACUAUAAUCACUACAAGCCUUUAGACAAGUCAAAGAAGGAGAUCCGGCUAUUGCGCAUCCUUCCAUCAGAAUCAGCAAAGGACGAGCUGGUGUGUUGUCUGGUCCGCGCAGAUCUUGACGAUUUCGGCAUCAAGCUGAUCUUCCGAGAAACAUUCUAUGUCAAUCCAUCUUACCCUGACAAUGGCUGCCAAGAGCACGAGGUAGAUAUGAAAAUGUUCGAGGGCCAUGAGCAGACUGUGGUCCACAAUUUCCAGAUCACGACCAAUUUACACGCUGGUCUCCGCAGUUUUCGGUUGAACAACGAGACGGAUAUCCUCAUUUGGGCUGAUAUGCUCUGUAUGAACCAGUCUACCUCAGCGAGAGGUCGCACCAAGUAA